AUGCCUCCCAUUCAGUCAACAUUCGUCCCUCGCCACGUUCAGGUGCAGAUGGACGCACUCAGGAAGCAAUACCAUGGCCUCGAAGGUCUCAUCUCUAGACUCAACAACUUGACCGGCAGCCCGCUAUCGGUCCAGCAGGAACUAGCCCGCAGCGCACGGGAAGAGUCCAAAGCCAUCGAAUCCAAAAUCGAGGAUUUAAGGCUUCUGGCGGACGAGCAGGACAGAGAAUCAGAUCGUGCCUUGGUCGUGGCGAUGCUGGAAAAGAUCGAGACUCAGUUCAAGCAGCAGCAACAGGCAGUUCGACAGGCGAUCUUGAGCUCCAAACAGACCAUCGAUAGGGAAACAAAGUCAGAGCGGGAACUAUUGUUGAAGGGAUCCAAGUCAGCCAUUGAACUGAGUCAGAUCCGUCGACGCGGAGCAGGUCAAGGAAAUGACAGCGAGUACAUGCUCAAUACCAGCAAGGAACACAACGAAAGUCUUAGCAGGACCCUCAAAUUGAUGCAAGAGGAAGUCGAACGGACGGCUCACUCUGCCAAAGUCAUUGACGAGUCAGCAACGGUGUUGAGGGCAACAGUGGGCGAAUACCAUGCCUACGACGAGGUUCUGAAGCGAGGCAAGGGGCUCAUCACAAAGCUGAACCAGGCAGAUUGGACGGACCGGUUGCUCAUUGGUUUUGGACUCUUGGUGUUUUCGCUUGUCGUGAUGUAUAUCCUCAAAAAGCGUAUCGCUGAUCGUGGAGUCUCGUUGGUCGGGUACCUCUUUAUGCCCCUUCGGUGGUUUUUCUCUCUCUUGAUGCCAUCCUUGCGAGCUAUACCUCCUUCCCCUGAAGCAGCGUCAGAGAUGGCCGGAGUGAUUAUUGAGAAAGCAGCGGUGGCGGGUACACCAGUAAUCAAGGCAGCGGUAGAUCAGAUCCAGAUGUCAGCAAGGAUGGCCAAGGCUGCCGAAGCUGCGGCUGCGGCUGCGGCUGCAGCAUCAGCAGCAGCCAGUCAACGGGCCGCCGCUGCACCCACCAGCGCCGUUCAAGGAAUCCUUGGAAUUUUGGAUAAAAUCGUCGGAGAAUAA